AUGAGGUCGCCCUCCAGAGGUCGCCCUUCAGAGGUCGCCCUCCAGAGGUCGUCCACCAGAGGUCGUCCUCCAGAGGUCGCCCUUCAGAGGUCGCCCUCCAGAGGUCGUCCUCGUGAGGUCGCCCUUCAGAGGUCGCCCUCCAGAGGUCGCCCUUCAGAGGUCGCCCUCCAGAGGUCGUCCACCAGAGGUCGUCCUCCAGAGGUCGCCCUCCAGAGGUCGCCCUUCAGAGGUCGCCCUCCAGAGGUCGUCCACCAGAGGUCGUCCUCCAGAGGUCGCCCUCCAGAGGUCGCCCUCCAGAGGUCGCCCUCCAGAGGUCCCCCUCCAGAGGUCGCCCUUCAGAGGUCGCCCUCCAGAGGUCGCCCUUCAGAGGUCGCCCUCCAGAGGUCGUCCGCCAGAGGUCGUCCUCCAGAGGUCGCCCUUCAGAGGUCGCCCUCCAGAGGUCGUCCUCGUGAGGUCGCCCUUCAGAGGUCGCCCUCCAGAGGUCGCCCUUCAGAGGUCGCCCUCCAGAGGUCGUCCACCAGAGGUCGUCCUCCAGAGGUCGCCCUCCAGAGGUCGCCCUUCAGAGGUCGCCCUCCAGAGGUCGUCCACCAGAGGUCGUCCUCCAGAGGUCGCCCUCCAGAGAUCGUCCUCCAGAGGUCGUCCUCUAGAGGUCGCCCUCCAGAGGUCGUCCUCCAGAGGUCGUCCUCCAGAGGUCGUCCUCCAGAGGUCGUCCUCCAGAGGUCGUCCUCCAGAGGUCGCCCUCGUGAGGUCGCCCUUCAGAGAGCGGAUUAG